GUUAAAUUAGUAACACGGUUGUAAAGUGAACCCGGAUUUCCCCCCAUUGACUUUGCUUAUUGGAAGGUCACAAAAGGGGAUCACAUGACCGCGGGACACGGCGACCGUCAUGAAUAGGAUCCAGUUACCAAACGCGUGAAUUUUGAUCAUGGGGAUGCUGCAACGGUUAUAGCUGAAAAACGGUCAUCAGUCACAUUUUUCAGUGCCGAUGUAACUUCAAACAGUCACUAAACAGACUGUUGUAAGUCGAGGACUACCUGUAUUAAAAAAGUGAGAUGCUGGACCAGUAUUUGCCCUCCACUUACAGCCAGUCACUAUGUGAUCUACAGUUUGAGGUGAGACCCUGUGGUCACAAUGAGGGGAGGAUAUUAUGCCCCCUUUGUACAGAGAGUCCCAGGUGUGACUUGUCCAUUGCUGAUGUGGUCAAUUCAAAGCAUGGCGCCUUUUUUGUGGCAUCUUAUAUGUCUUCCUAUAUCUGGGCGUUCAGCAAUUCAUUUGGCUUUCCUUUGGAAAUCGAGGUCGAAGUUGUCGUUCCAACAAGCAAAGUGAAUAGGGAAAGCUGAGUUGUCUUAACGAUCGUGGCAAUUGCUGUGAUAUACUUAACCGUGGCAAAAGUCGUAAAAUGCUGGCUUAUCUCGUGACUUUAGUGGUGGUGCUCAUGGCUUCCAACUCUUAUUAUUCUAAUGGGCAACCUGUUGCCAGGAAUGUCUUCCAGAAGAUGCUUCUCAAACGGGGGUUGACAAAUACUGUUCCCAAAGGGGCUUUGGGGCUGUAAUCCCAUCUCCCAGAAUGCCUUGGAAUAAGGUGACUUCAAGGUAUUGUGGGAAAUUAAGGCAGAACUGGACUUAGCAGUCAAGCGUAGCAGUGGCCUUUUCUGGGUACACCACAGCUGUUCAAAGGUGCCAAUAGGAACUCAGGACAUUGGGCACCAAGGAUGCCUGGAGUGAACUUGGGUUGAUCUUCAUACCUCAAUGGUCCUCUCUCUCCCUCCCCUUCCAGCACCGUUAGUUCCAAAGCCAUUCCAAAUUCAGCUCUGAGAUGGGAGAAUUUGGGGAAGUAGUCAUGGAAAAGAACUAACUGUACAUUAACACACUGGCUCAGGAAUUCUGGGAGCUGAAGUCCACAGGUCAUGAAGGGGCCAUAAUUGCCCAACUGAUUUUCCGCAGAGCCCCUCUUAAGUCAUUUUCAAUACUUCCAUCCUUCAAGUCUUCUCCUGCCUGCAUGGAAUAUCUCGCAUACUUCCCUGGCAAUUCUCCCGCUGUGGUUACCCUGGAAACAAUCUACACACCUCCACGCUCUGCUCUUGGGACCCCAAACAUGUCAUACCCUGUCAUUAGCCAGUGUUAGGAAGUGGAAAACGUUCCCCAUAGGAGGAUCUUUCUCAUUAGAUCAGAACAAGCUUGAAAACAACUUCUACGGAGAGCUCUGCAAAGGGGCUACCCAGCCUGUUGCUUUUCCGUUCCAUGCUUAAGACAGUUCAGGAUUUUUUUUAAAAAAGGGGGGGGGGCUGUUAGUGUCAACAUGCGGUGGGCCCAAUUCAAUCUCUGCAUCUUUAGACAGGGCUGAAAAAGCCAGAUGGGUGAACGGUUAAUUCAAGUGUCCUUCGUGUUAUUGCCUUCUACUUUCCGUAUUUACGAAGCCAAGUCAUUGUUUUUCCCUAAGAUCUGUUCCUGUCUAGUUGCUAUCCUAUUUUUACAGGAAUAAUAGCAAGAAUUCUGGAAAAAUGAAGUAUUAGUACCGCUUUAUACUGCACUGGUGAGACCCCUGUGGACUUCAACUCCCAGCAUUCCCCAGCCAGCCAUGCUGGUUUAAUUUAUUUAACUUUGUAAUAGAUUAAAUAUGGAAUAGAAUGGAAAUGAAUGGAAUGGGAGUUGGAAGGGACCUUGGAGGUCUUCUUGUCCAACCCUCUGCUCAAGCAGGAGACCUUACGUUAACCGUAAACCCCUCCGGCCGGCGUUUUAACAGCAUUGAAAUUGUUUAGAGCUCAGCAGACGCAAUUUGUGAAACUGGAUGGGCCUUGAGGGGCAGCCAGAGAAGUUCAUCAUGCUGUUCAAGGCAUCCAAAGGCCCGGAGUGACGCCAGGUUGAGCUCUGGGGAGAAAUUUCAGCAGGCAGAUCCACGCAAAACUGGACUAAUCAGAGGUCGAGGCAAAAAGGGUGCUGCAAUUAACACAAAGCUAGGCAACCAAGCACAGGGACCACCAGAGGAUUCCUCUCUCUUUUGAAAUGGCUGCUGCUUUUUGGUUUGCAUAAACAGGUAAAUAAAUGUUGGCCGAGCACCGAAGCUGAGCAUCCUGCUAACCUCACAAGGAUUCGGUUAAAAUAAACCUGGGUGUAGUUUGUAGUAGAGAGAAAGACAGGAGGAUUACAGAGAAUUAUUUGUUCUUUCGGAUGUUUUUAUUUUAUGUGUUUAUUUAUGAACAGGGAGCCCUCGUCCCAGGUUCACGUGAUCCCCUUCUGCAACCUUCUGACAAGCCAAAUCAAUGUGAGAAAGCCAGAUUCAUUUAACAACUGCAGUGGUUCACUUUCUGUGGCAGGAAAGGCCGUAAAAUGGGGCAAAGCUCCCCCUAACAAAUGUCUCACUUAGCCACAUGAAAUUUGGGCUCAGUUUGGAUCCUAAGCUGAGGACGACCUGUAUGGACAGAAACUCGAGAGCUGGAAGGCAAGUUUUAGAUUCCACCCCAAGUCGGGAAAUCGAGCAUUUUCCUGAUGUUUUGUUUAGUUACGCAACUACGAUGAGUAGUUGUGCAAUUCUGCUCAGUUCAUGCGGACCCAGGAAUUCUACUUGGCACUGAAUCUGGCAAGCCGCAGCCUCCAAGUGGAGGUUGGUUUGCCUUUGUUUGCAGGACAAAAAGUACAGCCAGCUACGCUACGAGGCUUUGGAGCGUUAACAAGAAAACAUUGCAGCUUGAAAGCAACAAGAGAGGAAUGGUUUCCAGACAGCAGGGAGCAAAGUGCCAUCUGAGGGAGAAACUCACAGGGCUUAUUUGCAUUGCUGCCAGUCUGGGCACUGGAAUGUGAAAUACCAGCAAGCAGCAUAGUUUUCUACAGAAGGAUUCCUUCCUAGCUAGAAGAACGGUGUUUGUGUGGGGGGAGUCAGAUCAAGGAGGGUAGAGGACAACUAUUGCAUCUGUCGCUUAUCAUCUCAGAAAAGGGUCAGAAAUGGCCAGAAUUUGCCUGCUGCUGCUAUGUCUGAAGAUGUGUGAAAUUUAUUCGCAAGAAGGACGCUGGGAGACCAGCUGGAAAAAGAAUGACUCCGACGUUGUGAAUGACCUGCUGGACCAGUGGAAAAGGAACGCCUCCGAUGCCCCGGAUGAGGAUUGGAAGCAACGGCUACCCAAAGGCAUAAUUAUUGGAGUGAGGAAAGGGGGCACCCGGGCCUUGCUGGAGAUGCUGAGUUUACACCCCCAAAUAGCAGCUGCUCACUCCGAGAUACAUUUUUUCAACGUGGAAGAGAACUACCAAAAGGGAUUGGAUUGGUACUGCCAACAGAUGCCCAAUUCCCACAGCGCUCAAAUCACCGUGGAGAAGACGCCGGGCUAUUUCUCUUCCCUCGAGGCUCCGGAGCGGAUCUAUGCCAUGGACCGUUCCGUGAAGCUCCUUUUGAUUGUGCGGGAUCCCGUGGAAAGGUUGGUGUCCGAUUACACCCAGAUCCUUUACAACCGCAAAGCCCGGCAGAAACCGUACCAGUCCCUGGAGGAAAUCCUGAAAAGGGGCCAAGAGCUGAACACCAACUACAAGGCCAUGCAGCGCAGCCUCUACGCGCUACACAUGGCUCGGUGGCUGGAGUUCUUCCCUACAACGCAGAUCCAUGUGGUAGAUGGAGGUGGCCUGAUACGGCAGCCAGAUUCGGAGAUGCGUCACGUGGAGCAGUUUUUGGGACUGGAGCCUUACCUGGGCCCAGACAACUUUUACUUCAACAAAACAAAAGGCUUCUUUUGCCUCCAGGCCAAAGGAGAACGGCACUGCCUUGACCAAUCGAAAGGCCGACCUCACCCCACUGUCGAUGAAUUACUGCUGGAGCGACUCUGCACCUAUUUCAGUCAGCACAACGAGGACUUUUUUGCCAUGGUGGGACGGACUUUCAACUGGUGCUGAGUCUUGCGUAGAGGCCAAGUUGGGCGUUCUGUGAAUAUUCCACCAAAAAUCUCCCCAUUUUUCUUUCAAAGGAGCUGGAAAUUAAACUCUACACCAUAUACCAACUGUUUAUGGUCAAAUAGCCAGACCUGAAGUUGGAGGUUUUGAGAUCCUUGGGGAACCGCUUGAGGCAAAAAGCAACUUUUUGAUAAGUGUUUUAACUUUUCAAGCGAUCCCAACCGGUGAAGUUCUGCUCUUUUUGGUUAUGUUCCCCCAAAAACUUUAGUUUAAGCUAGAGGAUGUAGAUCCACUGUUCUUCCUGAAAAUCUGGUAUUUAAUUUAGCCAUGCAAAAGGGAUGUUGUUGACAUGUCCCCAUAUUCCUAUAAACAGCUUGCAAGAAUUGAAUUCAGCUUCUUUUCUAGCCAACAGUGGGUUGACUCGACAUUGUAAACCACGGGUGUCAAACUCACAUCACGUGACGUGUCGCAAUGUAUCACAACUCUUUGCAUUGCUGGCAAUGGGGUGGGCACGGCUUUGGUAUGAUGAAACCGGCCCAUGGGCCGGCAGUUUGACACCCCUGCUGUAAACUAAGGUGUUUGCAUGCCUAUUUAGCUUAUAGUUAGCUUAGUUUUUACUGGUAGUUAGUUCUUACUUAUAGUUAGCUUAGUUCUUACUGGUAGGGAUCCCAGAGUGCCAGUAAGACUUUUGGCAUGAGAAAUAAUUUAAUUAGAAUUUGAAAUCAGGCCCUUCUUCUCAGUGGCUUUUCUGUCCAAAAGACACUGGCACUUUGACUGCGGGCCUUUAGUAUUUCUUUCAAUCAACAUCUAAGAAAUGCGUAACUUAUAUUAAUCCUGGAACCUACAGAUAUUCCAUUACACUCACAUCCAUUUCAGUUAUCUGCCUAAAAUGUGGCCAAGUAACAAUAACAUUUAGAUCUCAGCAACAAGAAUAUUAAUUUUCUGCAUUGUGAUUGAUGCAUUAAACAGUCUGGAAAUUAGUUGUUUUCAACUCCUGACAAGAAUAACCUUUCACUCCAAUCAAUCCUUUCUCUUUUAUUUAUCUCUUAGAAAACAACCUCUUUCAUUAGCAAAGCAUUGUUGACAUUGUUAAUCCAUCAGCAAAAAUAAAAAGUUGUAGCAUCAUCAGCAUGGAAGUUCCAAUUCCUAGAAUGCUGAGCCUUUAGUAACAGAAGCCUUGACUGUUCUGUAGCUAGCAGUCCAGGUUAUCAAUUACACAAGAGUUGUAUUAAUUAUUGUUCCUAAGAAAAGAAAUAUCCUAUUCCUACCAUAGCAGGAGUAAGGGAAAAAAACUAUAGCAAAUUCUAAGGUCUACUUUGUUAUAUAAAUAUUGCCUUGUUAUUGUUAGGACAGUAUUUUAUUAGAUUACCACGGAAUCAGCAAAUGUAACGCAAAGUCCCAAUCCAUAUCCAAAUUGGCCAUUUCAUCUAACUUCCCUAAAUAAUUUCAUGUCAGUUUUACCAUAUGUAGCAUUUUGAAAGCUAUUUUAAUAAGGACAAAGUUCAAAAUUACUUACAAUGCACAGGAAUAUAGUGAAUAGUACUUAAAAAAUACAAAUAGCCAUCCAUACUGAUAGGAAUGGAGAAACAACCAAAACCCUAUUUGACCUCCUUCAAUCCAAAACUCUUAACAAUAAUCUACUUUAAAGACUACAAGUCUUUAUAGCUUUAAAUUACUAAUCUAAAAUUACUAAUCAGAGUAAUCCUGGAAUUAUAACUGAGAUAAAAUUUAUACAAAUUAAUUUGAGAACAGCUAUAGGUAAGCCAAGCAUUUGAAGAUUUGAGACCAUUAUGCUAAAUCAGCGACAUUGUGUAAAGCAGUUCUGAAAAUUAAUAGUGGAAAGAAACACUGAUUCUUGUUUAUAAGGUAGCAUUUCCAGUUGUAACCAAGGCAGCAUUGCUGAUUUAGUAUUUUGUUACAGAUGUGUUUGUCAGAAAAUAACUGAAAUAAAAGCAAGUGUGCUGGUUCAA